AUGGAUCUUCUCAAGAAUCCUCCUUCCACGGUGGGUUUAUCAGAGACUUUCGCUAGGUUAAAGUCACAAGGGAAAGUGGCUUUGAUUCCAUAUAUCACAGCUGGUGAUCCAGAUCUUUCGACAACAGCUAAAGCUCUUAAAGUGCUUGAUUCGUGUGGUUCCGACAUAAUCGAACUCGGAGUUCCAUACUCUGAUCCAUUAGCUGAUGGUCCAGCAAUCCAGGUUAUUCKUGAGUUGUCUUGUCCAAUUGCAUUGUUUACGUAUUACAAUCCAAUCCUAAGGCGAGGGAUUGAGAACUACAUGACUAUUAUAAAGAAUGCUGGAGUUCAUGGGCUUCUUGUUCCUGAUGUUCCACUCGAAGAGACUGAGACUCUGAGGAACGAAGCUCAAAAGCAUCAGAUUGAACUUGUACUGCUCACAACACCCACAACCCCGAAAGAACGAAUGAAUGCCAUUGUUGAAGCAUCCGAAGGAUUCAUCUAUCUCGUAAGCUCAGUAGGAGUUACUGGUACAAGAGACUCUGUUAAUGAAAAAGUUCAGUCUCUUCUACAACAAAUCAAAGAGGCCACAAGCAAACCAGUCGCAGUUGGCUUUGGCAUAUCGAAACCUGAGCAUGUGAAACAGGUAGCUGAAUGGGGAGCAGAUGGAGUCAUUGUAGGCAGCGCGAUGGUUAAGAUUUUGGGCGAGGCUGAAUCACCUGAGCAAGGACUUAAGGAGCUAGAAGUGUUCACUAAAUCUUUGAAAUCUGCUCUUGUCUCUUGA